UCUGAGGUCCGCAUCGCUCCUCUCGCGCUCCGCUGAUGGACUCGUGAUGAUGAAGAGGAUGAUGAAGAGGAUGUUCAGUGCUCCGGGAUCACUGCAUCAGCCGCUGCUUGUGUCGGAUGAACCGGAUCGAUGUGUUUGAUCGGAUAUGAAAUGAAUGAUGAAUGUGUUCAGAGAUCUGAGCUGAUUGAUUCAAACUCGCUUCUUCAUCAUGGAUCCGAAUCUUCUCACACUCUUCAAACUUUCUCUGAUCUUCGCAGUGAACAUGCUGAUGACGAGAGGUUUAUCAGACGCAGACGGCGCUGAUCAAUCGUUCACCCAGCAGCCGUGGCUCCUGCAGUGCAAUCAAACGCUCCUGCUGCUGGAGAUGGAGAGAUGCGGAGAACGAUUCAGCAGCGACAUGAAUCACGUCCAUCCAGACGACAGAUGCAACCUCACGCACUUCAUCAGAGAGUAUCACGUCUUCUCCUUCUGCACGGAGAUGAACGCCGAGCGCAUCGGCUGCUUCUGGCCGAACCCAGCGGUGGAGCGCUUCAUCAUCAGCAUCCACAAGCACUUCUUCUCCAACUGCAGCCUGGAGCACGUGGUGUUGGUCGACCCGCCGGACGACACGCUCACCCUCCUCAUCCUCGUGCCCGUCUUCCUCACGCUGGCCAUGGUGGUGCUGGUGGUGUGGUGCAGCAAGCGGAGCGACAUCCUCGCCUAGCGUCUGUGGAUGAAGAACACGCUCACAGCAGGUUUGGUGUGUGCUUCUGCUGUUUGAGUGUCAGCUUUCAGAAACUGUGACGAGGGAAGAUGAAAAAGCUGUAAUUCAGUGCAAAUAGAGAGCGGGAGUGAAGCUCUGUCAGGAUCUCUGGAAGGAGGACUACAUGUAUCAUGCACUGUACAGCUAUUAUUUAAUGUUUUAAUUAAAUAACGUAGAUUUAGAGUAUUUGUCAAGCUCACACUGCCGUGUUUGUGGUUUUUGUUGGGUUCGUUAUCAUCUCGACACGCAUCGCCGGCUCAUUUAUCCAGUGAUUUUAGCUUGAGUUUUCUUCUCUGACUAAAUGAUCAACAUGUUCCUGUGAAACACAAACGCCUGAAGCGGGACAUGUGAACGAGUUCGAGUGAGAAUCCGGCCAGGCUGGUUUUAGGAUGACGGUAUUAUUUAUAUGAGAAGGAAAGCCGUGUAUUGUGUGCGACUUAGAGAUACAAACAAAAGACAAUAGUUGCUCUCAAGCGCCUGGCCUCGUGUUCUGCAGAAGAGCCGCUCGCGCCGCAGGAAGGAUAUCAAAGUCUUUCCCAGCGCGGCCGAUGAAUGAGAGGAAGAAGUGGCCUGGUUAUGAUUUUCACCAAAAGAGCUCCAGGAACCGCUGCCGUGUUCCCCAAACGUGUGUGUUCUGAUGGAGAGAUGAUGAUCGUCUGUGAGCGUCGUCUCGUCAAUCUGCAGCAUUUCUUAUCCUGCUGUGCAGAACAGCAGCCUACAUUUCUGUAUUUGAACUGCAUAAAACAUAUUCCAUCGAUUAGGAUUUCACAGUUCUAACAUAAACUAAUAAACUUCUUAGCAUGAACUGAUAAACUGAAAGUAAUGCAUAUUUAUCAGUUAUUCGUCAAUGAAACAGGUCACUCAAGAAAUCCUUUACUAUUUGCAUCUACUUGAUUUUAUUUAAAUAUUUAAAAAAGAGUUUAUUACAGUUUCUUAGAUUCGGUUUAAAUCUGUUUGUUGUGAAAAUAAAUAAAUAAAUUCAGUUUAAAAGUAUGAAGAUGUGACU